CUCUGGACUACUUCUGUUCUAGACUUUCCCAACCGGCUGCUAUCCGUACUAUGCGGAGAAGCGUCCCACUGUUAUCGUUGCUCAAGCGCCCACGGCCUGUAGUUACAACUGCACCCCCAAAGUUCGCCAGAAUGAGUUCCGCAUCUCAAUAUACCUUAACCUUGAGUCCGCCGACCUUAUCAAGAACAGCGCCAGAGAGCGCAAGUGACAAGAACCACUGGGUUCGAGAUGCAACCGGAAACGCCAAAAGCUUUGUGAAUCCAUGGCCGAGUUCGAAGGACUUUACCUUUCCUGAAAUAUUCAGGGAUAUGAUUCAACACAAAUUCUUCUCCGGAAACAGCCAGAAACCUGAUACAGCUGCAUCGACGGUCUCUGUGGUCAAACCAACGUUCCUCGCAUCUAGGACCGGAUCAUCUGUCCUGCGCGCAACAUGGCUAGGUCAUGCCUGUUACUUUGUGGAGUUUCCCACGGGCUUGCGAGUUCUGUUUGAUCCUGUGUUUGAAGAGCGCUGUUCGCCGUUCUCCUGGAUCGGUCAUCGGCGGUUUACGGAGAGGCCUUGCGAUGUUUCUGAUAUUCCUAUCAUUGAUUGUGUGAUCAUCAGCCACUCUCACUACGACCAUCUUUCGUACCCUACCGUUAUGGAUAUACACAAACAUCACCCCUCGGCCCAGUUCUUUGUCCCAAAGGGUCUCAAGAAAUGGUUCACAGACUGUGGUAUCCAGAACGCUGUCGAGCUAGACUGGUGGGAGGAUAUCACUCUCACCCUCACUCCACACAAAUCAACUGCCGAACAAUCCUCCCCUGAUGCCUCGGCCCCUCACCCCUCAGACAGCAAUGAAAUCACAGCAACAAUAUCCUGCCUCCCAACCCAACACACCUCCGCCCGCACCCCCUUCAACAAAGCCACCACCCUCUGGGCCUCCUGGUCCAUCACCUCCGGCACCAAAUCCAUCUACUUCGCCGGCGACACCGGCUACCGCACCGUGCCCUACCUCCCCCCCGAACUCGACGACUGGGGUCGCGAAUUCGCGCAUCUGCCCGUCUGUCCUGCUUUCAAGGAAAUUGGCGAAUUUCGCGGACCGUUUGAUCUCGGACUUAUUCCGAUCGGAGCGUACAAGCCACGACAUGUGUUGAGUACGGUGCAUUCGAAUCCGUUUGAUGCGGUGGAGAUUUUCAAGGAUACGAGGUGUCGGAGGGCGAUGGGGAUUCAUUGGGGGACGUGGGCGGUGGCGGAGGAGGAUGUGAUGGAGCCGCCGGGGUUGUUGAGGAGGGCGUUGAAGAGGAGUGGGGUUGAUGAGAGGGGGGUGUUUGAUGUUUGUGAUGUUGGGGUGAGUAGGGAGUUUUAGGGUGAUUACAUGAGGUAUUGGGUGUGACUUUAUGUAUGGGAAUACUGGCGUAAAUGCCAGACAGUGUCAGACUGCAUAUUCUGGGUGGUAUAUUAGC